UGUAGUUCAGAAAAGUGACCUCUUCUGUUUAGGCUGCUGCUGCUAAGGCGCGUGCGGUGCCACUCUGUUAUUCACUUUCAUCAACCCUCCCUCCUUAACUACCACCAUCUCUCUCCUUCAUUCUCUCAUUCUCUCUCUGUAUAUACAUACACAUCUCCAAUUCCUUAUUCAACUUCUGAUUCAGAUUUCAAAUCUUCAAGCCAUAUUGAUAUUCAUCUCAUCAACAUUGUUAGCCGAUUAGGCAAUGUCUUCUUCAACACUAAUCUCGAAUCCUGUAACUGCUCGAGAGGUAUCGAGACGGAAGAAGAGGAAGAAGAUCAUAAAUCAGAAUCCGUCUCAGAAUUCAAUUCAAUGGAAAUCCGAAUUACAGCAACAAAUCUACUCCUCCAAACUCCUUCAAGCUCUCCGUCAUGUCCGAUUAAGCUCAUCGCCGCGCCGUGGACGAGCAGUGCGUGAAGCUGCCGAUCGAGUAUUAGCAGCAACAGCUAAAGGAAGGAGUAGAUGGAGCCGAGCGAUUCUUACUAACCGUCUGAAGAUAAAAUUCAUGAAGAACAAAAGGCCAAGGACGACGGUUACGGCUGGUAACAGAUCGAAGAAGCCGCGAGUGAGUAUUUUGCGAUUGAAAUCGAAGAAUUUGCCGGCGGUACAGAGGAAAGUUAGGUUUCUUGGCCGUUUGGUUCCUGGUUGUAAGAAGGAACCUCUUCCUGUGAUCUUAGAAGAAGCCACUGAUUAUAUUGCUGCUUUACAGAUGCAAAUCAGAGCUAUGAGUUCUCUCGCAGAGAUGCUAUCUGGAUCGAGUUCUAAUGCAUCGUCUUCUAAUGAACUAGGUCAAAUUCUUCGUUGAUUCCUUCUUUCUCUCUUUGUGUAGCUUUUUUCUUCCUCUUCUUCUGUGUGUUAUCCAUUUCUCUGUUGAAUUUCUCCCUUGGAAUUAUUGUUUUCAUCUUAAAAGAGAGAAGAAGAUUACAUUAGCGUAUAUUCAACAAAUAAAAAUUCAGUUUCCAAA